UUGCUGAGUGAAAUGCUCGUAGGGAUGGAGUGUUCUGACGAGAUGAGCAUUUUGGUAUUUAAGAGCGGGUCGCGGUGGCGAAUGUCAUCAGUUAACACGAGCUCACACAGUCAGGAACAUCUCCAAAAACUGGAGUUGUUCUAGCGAGUGUUACAUUAAGCCGAAGCAGCGUAGUCUUCUUAAACUAGAGCCGUGCUCACCACGCCUAAUAUGCGCGCAUUCGUGGUACUCGCCUGUGUGGCUUUGGCCUAUGGCCGCCCGGAGGCUCCAGUAGGAUACAGCUACUCGGCUCCUUCUAGUAGCUACGGAGUACCAUCUCAUGGAGGUGGAAUCUCUAGUGGAAUUUCCCUCGGUGGAUUAUCUGGCGGUCACUCCUCAGGAGGAAUCUCAUUGAGUGGUGGUCACUCUUCUGGCGGUAUCUCUCUUUCCGGAGGUAGCCUCGGCGGUGGACUCGGUGGACUUAGCAGCGGAAUCGGCGGUGGACUUGGUGGAUUCGGUGGUGGACUGGGUGGUGGACUGGGCGGUGGACUCGGCGGCGGAAUCGGUGGAGGAUUCGGCGGUGAUGCCGGAUUCGGUGGUGGAUUCGGAGGUGGUUUCGGCGGCGCUCCUCUUGUCCAAAAACACAUCUACGUUCACGUUCCUCCACCAGAACCCCAAGAGCAGAGACUCCCCCGUAUCACUCCCGUCGCUCCACCCCAGAAGCACUAUAAAAUCAUCUUUAUCAAGGCCCCGACUCCACCUACCCCCAUUGCGCCCAUCAUUCCCGUUCAACCUCAGAACGAAGAGAAGACCCUUGUGUACGUGCUCGUCAAGAAGCCCGAUCAACAACCCGACAUCGUCAUUCCUACACAGACACCCACUCAACCCUCAAAACCUGAAGUAUACUUCAUCAAAUACCAGACCCAGAAGGAAGGCGGUGGUAUUGGUGGUGGUUUCGGAGGUGGUAUCGGAGGUGGCAUCGGAGGUGGCAUCGGAGGUGGCAUCGGAGGUGGCAUCGGAGGUGGCCUCAUCGGCGGUGGUGGUAUCGGCGGUGGUGGCAUCGACGGUGGCGUUAUCAGUGGCGGUUCUAUCGGCGGAGGUGACCUCGGUGGUAUCGGCGGAGGUUCGGGACUUGAAGGCGCCGUGCUCAGCGGCGGCGGCGGUCACGGCGGAGCUGAUAUCGGUUCGGACUUCGGUGCUAGCGGUGGUGACGCAAGUGUUUCAGUGAGCGGCGGCGCUACGAGCUCUCAAUAUGGUCCUCCCGGUCACGUUGCUGGACCCCUUCAUUAAUCCAUAAUACAGCAUUUUAGUUAGGUGGUAGGAUAUUACAAACAGUUACUAUAUUUAUUGCUGAGCGAAAAACCGAUUCCCAUAAGUGAUGACGAAGAAAAUCUUAUUUUGAUCGAAUGAUAUAAAUAUAAAAUUAAAUAAUCUACCACCUGCUGGCCGCGGUCGGACGCUCUGUACAUAGUCACCUCCCACGCGUUCGCUCGCGGGUCAGUAAAAGGGACUUGAGGCUACUUAAGUAUUUAAAUCUCAUCAUCAUCUUUACUCGUUAUUAGUGCACAGUGUUAAUGUUGUUCAAAUGAAAGUAUUUUACUGCGACUGUUAUGUUUAUGUAUUAUAAAUAGCUUUUAUUUUUUAUAAUAAAAAAGAA